GAUUCUGAAGCAAGAGUUAGCCAUGGCCACAAACCGCCCGAAGCGGCAUCUAAUGAAAAUGAAUUAUUUUUCAACUCAACUCACCCAUGAAGUUGAUAAAUAUUCCUGUCGAGCGGAAAAUGGAGAGAGAGAAUAAACCCAACGCGAAGCCAAACAUAAAUAUAAUAUAUCUCCUUUAAGAUUAACAGCAUAACCAGUGUUUCGGAAAGUGUGUGCACGAUGUACCUUUAAGGAGGCUUCGUAAACACUUGAUACCGAACGAGAGAGAUGCGAUUCCACGCCAGAAGAGUUAUCCGAAAUACGGCGGUGAUCUUGACAAUUCUUGGAGUUUUCAAAUUUCAAUGGUGGAUAGGAAAUGAAUACCCGAAUUCUAAACCAAACAAUGUCUUCCCGAAAGAACUUACAAUUUUUAAAAAUAUCAAACCGACGGAAACAACGGAACUUCCAUCAAGAACGUCGACAAUACCAACAAUAAAAAUAAUAAAGAAAGCUAAAGCGCUUCUAGAAAGAAAACAAAACAUUCUUAUAUUGGUUUAUAACCAAAAUGGGGGAGUAACAAAAUGGGUCGGCGCGCUGCGAGACAAGUGUGAUGUCGAUAUGGCCACAAGAGAACAAUGUCCGCUGUGGAAAAUUGAACUAACUUACAAUAAAUCUAGAUUUGCAGAAAGUGAUCUGGUCAUAUUCCAUGCAUUAGGCGGGAAUAUGCCCAAUACGGAUGAACUACGAAGACUAUCCAAGAAUCGACCUCUCUUGCAGCGCUGGGUUUACCACUCGAUGGAGAGUCCAAAAGUCACACCAAUGGUUUCUCCGCUGAAUGGUUUUUUCAAUGCGACAUGGACGUAUAGAUCUGACUCGGAUUUCUCCGCUGCAUACGCUACGUACGUGCCUCUAAGCCCAACAGAAAUGUCAUACAAAAAGGUGACAAUAUCCAAGAGGGAUUACUCCAAAGGGAAGACCUCACUCGUCGCUUGGGUGGUCAGUAACUGCUCAGCGCGUUUGCGGAAUGAGUUCGUCGCCGAGUUAAUGAAAUACAUUGAUGUGCACGUUUAUGGCUCGUGCUCGUCCAACUAUAACCAGACUCGAGUUUGCAACAGAGGGAAAAUGAGUAAAUGUCUGAAGAAGUACAAAUUUUAUCUGUCCUUCGAGAAUGCGUUAUGCAAAGAUUACAUCACAGAGAAGUACUGGGACCGAUUAGGUAAGGAACAGUUGUUUUAUGUGGGUGGUGAUGGUAAGGGCUUUUUACGUUAUAUUCCGUAUUGUUUAGAAAGGAAGGGCGUGAUUGGGAUUAUUUGCGCUUACUCGAGUGUUCGCCGGGUCUUACGUUACAAUUCCCUAGCGUAA